AGAGUCCGAGUGGGUGGAGGGAGGGGUAGGGCGGGAGAAGAAAAAGGUGGGAGGAGAGCCAGGUGGGAGGGUGGCGACUCACUCAGGACCCAGUGGGGGCAGCGCGAUGAGGCGGGUGACCCUGUUCCUUAACGGCAGCCCCAAGAAUGGAAAGGUGGUCGCUGUGUAUGGAACUUUAUCUGAUUUGCUUUCUGUGGCCAGCAGUAAACUCGGCAUAAAAGCCACCAGUGUGUAUAAUGGGAAAGGUGGACUGAUCGAUGAUAUUGCUUUGAUCAGGGAUGAUGAUGUUUUGUUUGUGUGUGAAGGAGAACCAUUUAUUGAUCCUCAGACAGAUUCUAAACUACCUGAAGGGUUGUCAGGAUCUCACACAGACUGGCUAACCUUAAAUGUUGGAGGGCGGUACUUUACAACUACACGGAGCACUUUAGUGAAUAAAGAACCCGACAGUAUGCUGGCCCACAUGUUUAAGGACAAAGGUGUCUGGGGAAAUAAGCAAGAUCAUAGAGGAGCUUUCUUAAUUGACCGAAGUCCUGAGUACUUUGAACCCAUUUUGAACUACUUGCGUCACGGACAGCUCAUUGUAAAUGAUGGCAUUAAUUUAUUGGGUGUGUUAGAAGAAGCCAGAUUUUUUGGUAUUGACUCAUUGAUUGAACACCUGGAAGUGGCAAUAAAGAAUUCUCAACCACCAGAGGAUCAUUCGCCAAUAUCUCGAAAGGAAUUCGUCCGAUUUCUGCUAGCCACUCCAACCAAAUCAGAAUUGCGUUGUCAGGGUUUAAACUUCAGUGGUGCUGAUCUUUCUCGUUUGGACCUUCGAUACAUUAACUUCAAAAUGGCCAAUUUAAGCCGCUGCAAUCUUGCACACGCUAAUCUCUGCUGUGCAAAUCUUGAACGAGCUGACCUCUCCGGAUCAGUACUUGACUGUGCAAAUCUCCAAGGAGUCAAGAUGCUCUGUUCUAAUGCAGAAGGAGCAUCCUUGAAACUGUGUAAUUUUGAAGAUCCUUCUGGUCUUAAAGCCAAUCUAGAAGGUGCUAAUCUGAAAGGUGUGGAUAUGGAAGGAAGUCAGAUGACAGGAAUUAACCUGAGAGUUGCUACUUUAAAAAAUGCAAAGUUGAAGAACUGUAACCUUAGAGGAGCAACUCUGGCAGGAACGGAUUUAGAGAAUUGUGAUCUGUCUGGCUGUGAUCUUCAAGAAGCCAACCUGAGAGGUUCCAACGUGAAGGGAGCUAUAUUUGAAGAGAUGCUGACACCACUGCACAUGUCACAAAGUGUCAGAUGAGAAUUUCAGUGCUGAAGGAAGAAGUCCAAGAUGCAAAAUAUUUUCCUUAUCAGUUUUUUUUUCUCCACCCACUCAGUUGUCUAGAAGAAAUAACACUGUAAGAGAAUUAAAAAAAAAAAAAAAAAAAAAA